AGAAGAAGCGGAGUAGUACGCUGUUUAUAAGUUUUCUGUUUUUGUCUUACCGCAAGUUUUAACAAAAUCUAUUCCCAAAUAAGUCAAAGUUAAGCAAAAAAAAUGGUUAAACUAACUCCGGAACUCAUAAACCAGUCAAUGCAAUUCAUAAAUCCUUGUCGAGAACGUGAACUCGAUUUGCGAGGCUACAAAAUACCACAAAUCGAAAAUUUGGGGGCCACGCUGGACCAAUUUGACACCAUCGACUUAUCCGACAAUGAUCUCAGGAAACUAGAUGGAUUGCCCUACCUGUCGCGCCUCAAAUGCCUGUUGUUAAAUAACAAUCGUAUACUGAGAAUAGGUGAAGACUUGCACGAAUGUGUGCCUAACCUAAACUCGGUGAUAUUGAGUGGCAACAAUCUACAGGAGUUGGGCGAUUUGGAGCCUUUGUCACAACUGCCACAUUUAGAAACAAUAUGUCUACUUAUGAAUCCCGUAUCGACGAAACCCUAUUACAGAGAAUAUAUGACCUAUAAGUUUCCACAACUAAGGCUGUUGGAUUUUAGAAAAAUCAAACAGAAAGACCGCAAGGCAGCAAUGGAGUUUUUCCGUUCGCGACAAGGCAAGGAGUUAUUGAAGGAGGUGGCUAAGAAAUCGAAACAAAAUGCUGCAGCGGCUGCUGCACAAGUAGACGGUAAUACCGGCAAGGCAGUGGGAGGUGGACGUUUUGCCAAUCCCGAAGAUAUUCGUCGCAUCAGAGAGGCCAUUAAACGCGCUAGUUCGCUGCAAGAAGUCGAGAGAUUAUCACAGAUUUUACAAAGUGGCCAUAUACCGGAAAACUUUGUCCUGGAACAAAAUGGCACGCAAACGCAUAAUGGAAACAGUUCAGGCGGUGCAGAUUCACAUUCACAAGCCAUGGAGCAUUAGCAAAGAACCUGGUUCUUUCUUUUAAUUUAAGCAAUGUCCAUUAUUUUUGGUUUCCCUUCUAUUUUCUCCCAAAAUGAAAUACAAAUAAUGAGUGGAAUCAUAAA